AUGCCAUUCAACACUCCAGUCCAAUCAGCCCUGAAGGGUCCCUCGGCCGCUUUCGGGUUUUGGCUCACGCUUCCUAGCGCCGGUGUCGCUAAGACUAUUAUUCACGGUGCCUCGGGAUCUUCUGCGAAAUUCAGCUGGAUUCUGGUUGAUGCCGAGCACGGCCUUAUUUCCGAUCACCACUACUAUGAGCUCAACAACGCCAUUGGAUCUGAAGGCGUCAGCCCCAUUAUUCGAGUACCCUGUGCCGAGGAGUGGAUGAUCAAGCGUGCUCUCGAUGCUGGUGCCCAUGGUGUAAUGACACCCAUGUGCCACACAGAGGCCGAUGCUAUCAAUAUUGCCAAGUGGACCCGGUAUCCGCCUCUUGGUACUCGUGGCUAUGGACCGAUGUUUGCGCCUCACUCCUUCCCCGGAGUUGACCCCGGUGCUGACCAUGACGACGGUGCAAAUGACGGCCUGACCACUUUCGUGCAAAUUGAGUCCCGGUCAGGCGUUUCGGAGGUCGAGAAAAUUGCGGCAGUGGACGGAAUUGAUGUGCUUCUCAUUGGGCCCUUCGAUUUGGCCAAGCAAAUGGGCGUUACUCGUUGCGGCGAGGAGCAUGAGGCUGCCAUCCAGCGGAUUAAGAAAGCUGCCCAUGCGGCUGGCAAGAAAGCUGCUAUCUUCUGCACUGGUGGCGAGGAUGCCCGCGUGCGCAUCCAACAAGGAUUCGAUAUGGUCUCUGUCAACACGGAUGUUGGUGUUAUUCGGUCGGCCAUGAUUAAUGAGCUGAAGGUUGCCAAUGGAGAGAACGUUCAGAGUGGACCUGGGGGCUAUUAA